CGUGUCGUUGGCGCUUGCAUUGCUUUUCGAAGCUCGCGCGCGAACGGUCCCCGGCUCUUGUACGUGCGCGCCGAUCAAUAAACACACGUGAAAAUCCAGUCGGUUCUCGUUCACGGCCGACGCUGCAUCGGCUGAUACAGUUAGUUCCAGAUCGUUGAUUUGUCCAAGGUACAUUUCCGCUUGUUGCGUUUCGUAGAUUCGCGCUCGAUCGAUUUCCGCAAACGAGGUAAAAGAAAAAAAAGAAGAAGAAGAAGAAGAAGAAGAAGAAGAAGAAGAAGAAGAAGAACCGUAGUGCACGUGAUUCGAAUCGCGCCGGAACUUGCCGGCUCAACGAGAUCUAUCGGCUACGUCGACCCGUCUCGACGAACUACGGCGCAACGGUUCGCAGUUUCGAAGAAUGAUUGCACGUCUUUGAGGUCAAGGAGAAUAACGGAGAGAAAGGUAGAGUGCAAGUAAAUACGUACACCGAGGCAAGGAAAGCCGAAGCGGAAGGAUCUCUGCGCAGGGUCACGAGUCACGAAGAAAGGUAUCCGUGCACCGCGAGUGCGAUUUUCACAUUAUGUGGCAAUUAAGGUUUUGGAUGUACCUUCUGCUCAUAGCGUUGUCGUUGGCGCCGGUGCAACGAGUCGCGGCUUGCAGCUGCAUGAGCAGCCAUCCUCAAAAACUGUUCUGCAGUUCAGACUUCGUCGUUCUCGUAAGAGUGAAGAAAGUAACGAACGUGAACGAGCAUGAAAUCGCCUACAGCGUGAAAAUCAAUAAAAUCUUCAAGGUGAAUAGCAAAACAUCGUACACCAUCCUGAAGAAGAACAUUUUGUGGACCGCGUCGUCGGAAGUUCUGUGCGGGGUGGACCUCAAAGUCGGAGAGACCUACGUUGUUAGCGGAAACACGUAUAGCGGUGACAAGGCGAACAUAUCGUUGUGCGGUAUAAAGAUGGCCUGGCGUUCCGUGACGAGCAGACAACGAAAGGGUUUCAAGCACUUGUAUCGUUACGGUUGCCCGUGUAGCAUCCAUUACACGCCUUGGUGGACCAAGGGUGCCGUUCUGGAAAGCACAGACGGCAAAGAGUGCCUGUGGGAAAGCAAGCCGGGUCCUGAAGAGUGCCAGAGGAAUUACGGCGUCUGCAUGCCAGGACCACUCGGAUGCUCUUGGGUGCCGUCGGUGCCUUAUAAGAAUUGCAUCAAGGAGUAUCAGCAGAAACGCGAGCAACAAAGAGCACGGGAACCUUAAGUCAAUCUGUCUCGAUGCAUCGCGGAAGUUCUACGGUUGAACGAGAGGAUCGAUCACGCUGGCGAAAUCGGUGGACGUUGCUCGUGCCAAGUCACGUAGCACGCUGUUCGAAACGUAUUUACCAAACGUAUUUGUGAAAUUUCGCGGUAUUGCCACGAGAAUGUCACUUCGUGAGUAACGAGCGUUCCGAUACGCAGCAGAACUGUCGCUGUAUACCGUUGGAUGCGAACACGUUGACGAAUUAAUGCUAUCCAUCCAUCGUGUCCGUGCACGAUUUAUUUCGAUUGGCUACUGUAUCGGGCGUAUAUAUCUUCACAGACGUUUCUUCAACAACCAAAACGGUCGGAAAAAAGUUUCUUGCAAGUCGAAUUAGCCGAGAUAGCAUUAACGCGUGACGUGACUUUUUUUUUUUUUAUUUCUGCAUCGUGUCAUGCUAUAUUUAUUGUUGCGUUCCAUUAGAAGUAUUAAUCGGACGGUUGUGCGUCGGCGAGUACGCAAAAGUCGUUCGUCGACUGAUAAGGUACAUCGGGGUAGCGAAUCGAAGGAUGAAAAAUCGUACACGACUGGCUGAGAGGAAGCUGUUGUUCAGGGGUAUAUAAAUACAAACCGUCGAACUGUUGAAAUUGCUUGCAUUUCCAUGAUAAAUUACUUCCUCCGCGUUUUCGAGGUCUGUAUUGCAGCGCGUCCGUAAUAAUUGAUAUCCUUUCUUCCUCCAUUUUAUUCUUUUUCUGACCGAUCGUCGAUUGUAUUUAUUCCGUUACUUGGGAUCGUUGACUCUUUCCUUUUUCUUCCCUCUCCGCAAUUGAAUGUUAAAUUGAUCCUCGUUUUAAAUUUAAUCAACUUGCCGUCGAGAAGAAUCGUCGACGGACAAACUUUGUUCGUAUUGAUUCGCAUUGAAAUUUUCCUCCUUCCAUUUUGUUAAUCAAACCGCUGUUAACCUUGUUUCUGUGUAUUUAAACGAAUCGUUCGCCAAGCUCGGCAAUGCGAAUCGAUUGAAUUUCAUGAAUUCUAAAAUAGCAGAUCAUGAAUUCUAAAAUACAGACGAUUGGCUAUCUUUUUAGUUGUACAUAUUAGGCUAUUGAUGUAUAUUAUACAUGUUUAAAUUAUUCUCAUUUUUUUUUUUUUUUUUCAUUUUGUUGUACGUAGCUACUUUUUAUUCUCUUUCUUUUCCUAUGUAAGAAGCUACUAACACGUAUUUAAUUUAAAGCGAAGCCUUGUACAGGUUCUCCGAAUAUCGACAUAACGUAACGAUCGAAUUAGCUACCUUGGAAAAGUUAAAUAAACAAUUGAAAAAGGAAAAGAGAAACUAUUCAGAAAACGAUGAUUAAGGAAUGAUUAGUUCCUCAUCGAAGAAGACAAAGUUUCUGUCUUCAACGAUCACGUUGUCUCGUUAUUCGGAGGGUGCACGAAAAUGCUGGAACGUCGUAUUAGAAAUGUUACGAUCGAGUUUUAGAUUCUCUAAUCCAUCAACCAUUGCAUCUAAGCGUGAUGAUCGCGUGUCGUUUCUCGAGAACGAUUCUUGAACAGACUGCGAAUUUUUACGCAUUAACGAGAAAUCCGAUGAAUUGAAUUCACGAAAAUUCGCAGAAUGCGUGAAAUGUACGAAAAUAUAUAAAAUAUUUAAAGUAAAGCGCUCGUCAUUCACCUUCCAAAGGUGAAAACAAAUUUCCACGUAUCUUGCGUUUCCUUACGUCCAUUUGCCAGAGUAUAAAACUGCGUAAAAAUCUGCGAUCUAGCGACGAGAAGCGAAGACCGCCCUGCACACGGGUAGAACUUUAGUACAAAACGCUAAAAAAAAAAAAAAAAGAAGAAGAAAACGCGCAACGCGAACGAAAGUUAGCUGACAUUUUCUAGCUUUGUGAACGUAACACGAGACGAUGUAUGUUCGUAGUUCUUUAGCUCUACCAUUUGAUAACUUUUGUAAAGUAUUAUAACACUUGAACGAUGGUCAAUAAACGAGAAACUUAUA